GGCCGCGCCCCCGCGGGCGGGGCUGCGCUCUCACCCGGGUUGGCGCCGUGCCGGGUCCCGCAGCUACCGGCAGGAUGAGGCCGCUGCGCGCCGUGGCCGGGCUGAGUCUGCUGGCGCUGGCUGCAGGUGUAAUUCUGAGGCAGCCCCAAGAGCCCAAAGAGCUGUGGGGAUAUGUGCAAGUUCGAAACAAGGCUCACAUGUUCUGGUGGCUCUACUAUGCAAACAACCCAACCAAAGACUUCACAGAGUUACCUCUCAUCCUGUGGCUUCAGGGAGGUCCAGGAGGUUCAGGCAGUGGAUUUGGGAACUUCGAAGAGAUUGGUCCAUUAGACAAGGAAAUGAAACCAAGAAACACAACCUGGCUGCAGGCAGCCAGUGUCUUGUUUGUGGAUAAUCCUGUGGGUGCUGGAUUCAGUUAUGUGGAUGAUUGCAGCUUGUUUGCCAAGAACCUGAGUGCAGUAGUUUCUGAUAUGAUGGUUUUUCUUAGAGAGUUCUUCACGUGCAGAACAGAAUUCCAGACCAUCCCAUUCUAUAUAUUUUCUGAAUCUUAUGGAGGUAAAAUGGCUGCUGGCAUUGCUUUAGCCCUGCACGAGGCUGUUCAAAAAGGGACCAUAAGGUGCAAUUUUAUGGGGACUGCUCUUGGAGACUCGUGGAUUUCUCCUCUGGACUCUGUGCUGUCUUGGGGGCCCUACCUUUACAGUACUUCUCUCCUCGAUGACAAUGGCCUGGCAGAGGUCACUGCUGUGGCCAAGGAAAUCAUGGUUGCCAUAAACAAAAAUCAGUAUGGGUUGGCCACAGAGCUCUGGGGCAAGGCUGAAGGUGUCAUUGAAGAGAACACAGACAACGUCAACUUCUACAACAUCAUGACCAAGGAUGUUCCAGAAAUGAAAGCAAGUGAACAAGAAAAUUUCCAUCUCAUCAGGCUGUACCAGCGCCACGUCAAAACCAUGGGUAAGGACAGCCUGAAGGACCUGAUGAAUGGCCCCAUCAGAAAGAAGCUGCAGAUCAUCCCUGACUGUGUGCAGUGGGGAGGUCAGUCCAGACAAGUCUUUGAGAACAUGGCUGAGGACUUCAUGAAACCUGUCAUUGAUAUUGUUGAUCAGCUUUUGGCAGCCAAGGUCAAUGUUACAGUCUACAAUGGGCAGCUGGAUCUCAUUGUUGACACCAUGGGCCAGGAGGCGUGGAUCCGGAAGCUGAAGUGGCCUUGCUUGGCCCAGUUCAGCCGGCAGAGGUGGAAGGCUCUCUAUGUGUCUCCAGAAUCUACUGAGACAGCUGCUUUCCACAAGGCCUAUGAGAACUUGGCUUUCUUCUGGAUUCUGAAGGCUGGACACAUGGUACCAUCUGACCAAGGAGAGAUGGCACUGAAGAUGCUCAGGAUGGUGACUCAACAGCAGCACUAGGGAAGGGCAGGCAGCUGCUGUGGUUUCUGCUGGCACUGCGUCUGCAGAACGAGAGUCCAGAACAAGCUGCAGGAGGAACAGUGGCAGCUUGGGCACAGCCCCUCUGGACUUGCUGUAAUGUGCACAAGCCCUUUUGGAAAGGCAUUUUUGCUCCCUUGAAUGAGUUGUUGCUUUUGAUUUAAUUUUUUAAGCUGUGAUUUGCUACCUUAACCCUUUUUCUUAAUGACUUUUCCAGAGGGAAGUCUACUCAUAAACAAGCAGCUCUGAGCCUUUGUCUUGGAAGGAUUUUGUGCUGUUGCACAAAGCUGCUCUUCCCUGAAUGCUUUCUUGUCUGGUCACACACCAAGAUUAAAACUGAUUGGAGUCCUGACAGUUUUGCUGGUUGCUCCUCUCCAAGAGCUAACCUGUUUCAUGAGGCUAUGGAAUGUGCCUUCCUUUGUCCUCAGGCCUCUGCUUGAGUCACCUGGCUGGAUUACAAGCUGAGGACAUGGAGAUGCCAGGAGAGAGGACCUGCUCUAGAGGAAUUCCAGUCUGUCUCAUCUUGCUCAAGUGCCUGAAUUUGGAACCAAAAUUCUUCAGCCUUCCUGUGCUGUGGAGGAGAAAAACACCCCCUCAGAGGAGGGUCUGACCUUUUUCACCUGACCUUGUUUUCAUUCUCCUUACUGACUGCUACCCAAACUUUUAAUGCCCUCUUGUGCAGGGAGCAUCUCAAUGGACAGAAGUCUCUCAAACCCUUCUGAGCUUAGUCUGGAGAGGGGAAAAGAGAGCUUGAUUUGAGCAAUAAUAGCAUCACCCUAAAAGACAUUAGGAAUGUUUGAAAGAAGGGUGCAUGGGCUAAAACCUCUAUCUGGAUCCAUCUUUUUCCAGAGCUGUUUAAGUCCUGCAGAACCUCAUUGCCUGGAAACAUCAGGGGUUUAUGCUCAGUCCAGAGGAGAUCUGGUCAGACAUCAUUUAACUUCUGAGGAGAUCAGUGCUGGCUGCUUGCUGGUGUCUGAUAGGAAGCACAACAGCCUGUUCCAGCUGGCAGAAUCCAAACUAAAUAGCAGCCCCUCAGUUACUCCAGCAGCUGAAACUGUCAUGAAGUGUCUGGUUAGUGUUGGCUUAGCGAGGGCUGAGGCAUAGUGCUGGGUAAACACCCAGAGUUGCCCAGCAGCUGGAGUAUUGGCACCUCAUAAUGGCUUUCCUCCCUUGUUCUCUGCUGAGCUGUAUCCUUCAGAACUUCAGCAAUACCAAUGCUCUUUUCCCUUCUUUUAAACCACUCUCUUUCAAUAAAUGCAGUAGGUCUCAUUCA